CCCUGGGAAGCACAACAUGUAACCCCCUAUUUCGCUGCUAGCUUCAGGCAGCUAGCUGUUCAUCUGAAGGUACGAACACGCAAGAAGAUGGAUAUCGGCGAGGGAAUGGAAGUGGAGUGCUGGGAUUCAAGUCUGGGGGAAGAGCUCGGCGUCUCUCUGGACGAGCUGAAGAAAUGGAUCGACGAAAUGGUUGAGAAAAGCGAAGUGGUGCAGAAGAAGCGGGCUCAGCUCUCCGAGCUGACGCAGUGGGUGAAGCAGAAGGAGCAAGAGGAGGCUGCGACGGAGAAGCUCCUCAAUGAUGCCAACAAGUCGCUGGUGGAGUGUGAAAAGCUGGUGAGGGAGACCUACCAGAAGAAUGGCCUGGUGUAUAAGAGCAGCUCAGAGGACGAAGAGGGCGGCGGGGGGCUGCCGUCCUCCGAGGUCAUCGAGAUAGAUGACGAUGACGACGACGACGACGUCAUUGCUGUCGGCUGCGUGGUCCCGCCACAGAAUCCCUGCAUUACUAUCCAAGAGACAAUGGAUACCUCCAGUGCACUCAAGAAAACCGCUGAACAGGUCAACAAAUUGGUCCAAAUAGUCACCAGGCCUUCUUCAGGGACCUCAUUACCCAGAUCACCAACCCAGUCAGGUACUCACCCUGCACCGCCAGCCGUUAUUGUAUCUCAGAUUCUCGCCAAUCCUGUGGGCCACACCAGUCCCAAAAAGAGAGAAGAUGAGCUCCGAGUGGGCAUGAGCAUUCUGGGGAAGAAACGCAUGAAGACCUGGCACAAAGGCGCCCUCGUUGCCAUCAACGCCAUCGGCUCAAAUACAUUUAAAUACAAAGUGAAGUUUGAUAAAGGAAAGAGUCUGCUCUCUGGGAACCACGUGGCCUUCGAUUACAACCCCACCCUGGAGAGUCUGUUCGUGGGGGCCCGCGUUGUGGCCAAGUACAAGGACAGCCACCAAAUGUGGCUCUACGCUGGCAUCGUGGCAGAGAUGCCCACCACCAAGAAUCAAAUGAGGUUCUUGAUCUUCUUCGACGAUGGCUACGCUUCCUACGUGAACCUACCAGACCUCUUCCCUGUGUGCAGACCGAUGAAACGUACGUGGGAGGACAUCGAGGACACUUCGUGCCGAGACUUCAUUGAGGAGUACAUCACAGCAUAUCCCAGCAGGCCCAUGGUGCUCCUCAAAGUGGGCCAGAUCAUCAAAACAGAGUGGGAGGGAACCUGGUGGAAGAGUAAAGUCGAGGAAGUGGAUGGCAGUUUGGUCAAGAUCCUUUUUCUGGAUGAUAAGAGGAGUGAGUGGAUCUACAGAGGCUCCACCAGGUUGGAACCAAUGUUCAACUUGAAGAUGACCACCGCCAACACCCAGGAGAAGAAGCUGGCUGGCCAGCUGAGAACACGACCCAAUAUGGGUGCAUUGAGGAGUAAGGGCCCUGUUGUCCAGUACACCAGCGAUGGUCAUGUUGGCGCCUCUCCCAUUGGAGCACCUCCAAUUGGACCCCCUCCCAUUGGAGCCUCUCCUGUUAAGCCUGCACCCCCUCAGGGUGUGCUGCCACCUCAAAUCCAACAGCCACCAACCACCCCACCAAGCAGUCAUCUCACUCAAUCAUCACGUGCUGAAAGCAACAAACAUCAGAUGGCCAAGAAGAGUACUUCUCCUUUUGUUCCAGGUGUAGGCGGCACUCAUGCCUCCAAAGUUAUGCAGUCUCUCGCUUCCAGCCCCGGCAACGUGCCAAGAAUGAUCAGUCCCGCAGUGAGUGCCAGCCCGACUCAGUUGCAACCCAGACAGGUGACCGCUCCCGCCACCCCGCCCAUAAUGGCCCACCCAGUGGCCACCAUCCCACACCAGCCUUCGUACCGUGCCCCGACCGACCGCAUCUUCUACAUGGAGCACAUCUGCCAGCCGGCUUGCUUGAACCGCGUGCGGCCGGCAAAGCGGGACAUGCACCGGGGAAAGAACCCUCUCCUCAUACCGCUGCUGUACGACUUCAGACGCAUGACGGGGCGGCGCAAAGUCAACCGCAAGAUGACCUUCCAUGUGAUCUACAAAGCCCCGUGCGGCCUCUGCCUACGUAACAUGACCGAGAUCCAGCGCUACCUCUUCCAGACUACCUGUGACUUCAUCUUCUUGGAAAUGUUCUGUCUUGACCCCUACGUGCUGGUGGACCGCAAUUUCCAGCCGCUGAGGCCCUUCUAUUACAUCCUAGACAUCACUGGAGGAAACGAAGACAUCCCGCUCUCCUGCGUCAACGAGAUUGAUUCAACGCCGCCCCCUCAAGUUGCCUACAGCAAAGAACGCAUUCCUGAGGACGGAGUGUAUAUCAACACAAGUCCAGACUUCUUGGUUGGGUGUGAUUGCACUGAUGGCUGUCAGGACAAGUCCAAAUGUUCUUGCCACCAGUUGACACUACAGGCUACUGGUUGCACUCCGGGUGGACAGAUAAACCCAAAUGCCGGAUUUCUGAACAAGCGCUUGGAGGAGUGCCUCCCCACAGGUAUCUACGAGUGUAAUAAGCGGUGCAAGUGUUGCUCUCAAAUGUGCACCAACCGGUUGGUGCAGCAUGGCCUGCAGGUGCGUCUUCAGCUCUUCAAGACCCAGAACAAAGGCUGGGGCAUCCGCUGCUUGGACGACGUGGCCAAGGGCUCAUUUGUCUGUAUCUACGCCGGUAAAAUCCUAACAGAUGACUUUGCUGACAAAGAAGGCUUGGAGAUGGGUGAUGAAUAUUUUGCUAACCUGGACCACAUUGAGAGCGUGGAGAACUUCAAGGAAGGCUACGAAAGUGAGGCUCACUGCUCGGACAGCGAGGGCAGCGGUGUGGACAUGACCAGGUUAAAAAUCCAACCGUCUGCCUUAGUGACAAACUCCUUUGGACGGCAGGGCAAAAAGGCUGGAAGCUCAAGGUCAUCCGAGGAAAGCAACGACGAGGAAGAGAAAGAAUCGAAGAGUGACGAGAGCGACAGUUCGGACGACACAUUUGUUAAGGACACCUACUUCAGCAGCAGCUCUGUGUGGAGGAGUUACACCACACGUGGGCAGGCUAAAGGCCAUAAGGAAGGGAGUCAAGACAGUAAAGAUGGGAAUCUUGCCGCAUCCAAAGGCGACGAAAAGUCGCUGCCUGUGCCAGAGGAGACAGGAAAAAGCAAAGUGGCCUCCUGGCUCACCAGCCAGGGAAUUAAGAAGGACUCUGGAGACAAUAAGAGCCAAGUGAAGCCCGACACGGCAAAGAAGCAGGACGUGACGACGCUCUCAGACAGCGACGAUGUCCAAACCAUCAGCUCAGGUUCUGAUGACAACAAGGAGAAAGAGAAAGCCAUCCCGGGUGUGGUUAAGAAGCAGGUGGCUGUGAAAUCCACUCGCGGCAUCGCUCUGAAGACCGGUCACGGCAUGAUGGUGAAGACGGGCGCGCCUGGAGGCGGGGCGUCCCAGGGCGGGCUGGGAGGGAAGUCGGGGCAGCAGGGACAGACGGGCAUGGGCGGGGAGAGUGGUCCCAGAAACACCCGACAAUUCUUUGACGGCGAAGAGUCGUGUUACAUCAUUGACGCAAAGCUGGAGGGAAACCUCGGCCGCUACCUCAACCACAGUUGCAGUCCCAAUCUCUUUGUCCAAAACGUCUUUGUGGACACGCAUGACUUGAGGUUCCCGUGGGUGGCUUUUUUUGCCAGCAAGCGCAUCCGGGCCGGCACGGAGCUUACAUGGGACUACAACUAUGAGGUGGGCAGCGUGGAGGGUAAAGUGCUGCUGUGCUGCUGCGGCUCCACCGAGUGUAGAGGAAGACUGCUGUGAGCUGCCGCCUGACUGCUCCUUUGAAACAAAACAAAAAGCUGUAAUGUUUUCUUUUAAGUUCGAAUUUUAUGACAGCUAUUUUCCGUUUUUUUUU